ACCUGUGCUCCCCGAACCGCUGCUGCUUUGCCCUUGAGUCGGCCUCUCUCCCCCUGCGUACGCAGCAGACGUGUUUGAGUCGCAAGAUCUGUCAAGAUGGGUUCAACAGAGGAGAUUCGCGGCGUGGUCAUGAUAGAUCUCAACUCUUACACCAAGGGAGGCGACAAGGACGGCGCCAAGACCGAGGACUAUCAAACACAGGUGGGUGCCCACACGCACAAUGCGCACUGACUGUGCAACGCCGUGUGUGAUUGUGAUUGUGUUUGUGUGUGUGCCGUGUGUGUGGUCUGACAGAUGGAGAAGUUCGGCUGGCGCGGUCCCCACAUGGCGGCCGAGGCCUUCAUGAAGUUCCGCGACACUUCCAAGGACAUCGGCUCCACCUACUGGCUCAACGCCGGCUGUGGAGACGGUAUCGAAUCCGCCCACUUCAAACCACUCGGUCAGUCAACCACAUAAACAAGACAGAGGGGCUGCAUUCUGCCCCCCCCCCCACACACACACACCACGCGCACGUGUGCGUGUCUGCAGGUGUGAAGAAGGCGGUCGGCCUCGACUACACGGCGGACAUGCUGGACAUGGCGGCCAAGCUCGGCUUCUACGAGAAGACCAUCCAGCACGACCUCAACAGCCCCCUCAGCUUCGUUGCUGACAGCACCUUCGACCUCGUCACGUGCCUGGGGGUGCUCACCUACAUCAAGCCAGAGAGCGGCGUCCUCACAGAGUUCUGCCGAGUCACCAAACCUGGCGGGCUCAUCAUCAUGACACACAGGGUGCGCUGCGUGAGUUCCUGCUCUCACAAACCAGGCAGAUCCCCACGUGUCGCUUGUGCGUGUGUGUAUGUGUGCGUGUCAGAUUGACGUGUACGAUGUUCACAACUGGAAGGCGCCCAUCGCCGAGUGCGUGACGUCAGGUUUGGUGGAGGAGCUGUCGGGUCCCGUGGUGGUCAAGACUGCGCCGACGGGCUACCUGCCCCUGCACCCCCAGUACAAGGACAUCCUCUCGCACUUCAUCGUGUGGCGGAGGACCGACAAAGCCAUCAAGACCAACGGAGAGGUCAACUGACGCACACAACACACCGGCGGGCGGGCGUGAGGACGGAUUCGUGUGUGUGAUGGCUUGCACAGUGAUCGAUCAUGGUGGCUGAGGUGCACUGGCUGCGAUGGGUUCCAUGGACUGGCCCGUGUGUGCCCAUGUGAGCACAGACAGUUUUGUACCGGUCAGUGUGGCUAGCGCAUAGAGAGAUAUUGCAUGUCCUUGUGUGGGUGUGUUUGUGUGUGCGUGUGGUGGCUGCCUGUAUAAUGACGAUCAUCUCGGUCGAUGGUUUGGUGGACCGAUAGACACAUACAUACAUACAUACAUUCAUACAUAGACACGUGCAGACACACGUACACACAUGCCGUAUCCAGUUUUGCGUAGCCAUGACGCCAACUGUCGAACACACGUGGGUAAAACCUUUCUCUCGUGCGGCGUCCUUCUUGAGCUUCGUUCUAUACUCCAGUCUUGCCCAUGACUGACUGCGUGGGAUGGGGGGCUUCGUCACGAUGUGCGUGGCUUUUUUGCCUGCUAUCUGGCGGCCUCCUCACCCCGUUGUGCUGUGCUGUGGUGUGCUGUGGUGUGCUGUGGUGUGCUGUGGUGUGUAUUGGUGGGCGGACGCUUCAAACCAAGCGUGUGUCGGAUGCAUAAUGUGACAUGUGGGUGAUCUGUACAAUGCCCAUUUCAUUUGCAUGGAGUGCAUUGGACGAACUUGAGACACCAUGUAUGAGUCAACGCAUAUUGAUGUCAAACCAACUUCAAUGGAG